UACUGCGCCAGGGUGCUGUUACAUCAUGUUCCUCGUAUUUGGCUUUGUGAAGAGUGCCGUAAAGAAGCUGCUCAGUUAUCAAGAACGGUUCAAGUUGCUGUGGUUAACAAAGUUUCUAUUGAUCAAACUGUUCCAUUGUCAAGAACCAAGCAACUAAUUGUGGAUAACCAAGUUCCUAUUGAUCGUCAAACUGCUCCAUCAUCAUUAAGAACAACUAAUCAAGUUGUGGAUAGCAAAGAUUGGAUUGAAGCUGCUCCGUCAUCAAGAACUAAUCAAGUUGUGCCUGUUAUUCAUCAGCACACUACAGAAGAAUCAAUUCCACGCUCACUAGUGCUCAAGCCCAUGGGAAAGGUUUCCACUCAAGCAACCACAAUACGUUGAUCUCUCCACUGUAUCAAAAUCUGACGACUAAACGCUGCAUUUCAAAAAGAUUUCUGUUCUUAAGAGUCAUCUUGAUUUAGAUGUUUUAAAAAGGCAAUUAGCUUUACUCUUUUUUCCUUGUGUCACAAGUCAUUUUGCUAGCUAUUUUAUUGUCA